AAUUAUAGAAGUUUGCGCUAUAACAUAACCAAUAUGGCGACGAAACAAGAGUUCUUCCCCACGAUCGGUAACGUCGUAGAGAAGACAGCGAGCGUACCGGACGCAACUGCACCUGCGAAUGCUGAUGCAACCGAUGCUGAUGAGGUUCUGGUCCAGGAGAUUGAAUCUCUUUGCAUGAAUUGUCGUCAGAAUGGCACAACACGACUGCUGUUAACUUCGAUUCCGUAUUUCCGGGAGGUCAUAGUGAUGUCUUUCCGAUGCGAACAUUGCGGGUGGCAGAAUAAUGAGGUACAAUCGGCUGGAAUCAUUAAAGAACACGGAACAGCGUAUACAGUUCGCAUUCUCGACCGAAAGGACCUCGAUCGACAAUUGGUCAAAUCUCCAACAUGCACCGUCAUUAUUCCGGAAUAUGAGCUUACGAUCCCACCAGGCAAGGGCCAGCUAACGACUGUUGAGGGAAUCCUGCGUGAUACAGUCACGGGUCUCUCUGUGGACCAGCCGCUCAGGCGAAUACAGGCUGAGGAGGCGUAUAAUAAGAUAGAAGGAAUACUGAAUGCGUUUAGAGCGAUUCUUGGAGAUGAGGAAGAUGACGAGGUCGAAAGUAAAGAUGAGACGAAGGAUGCGGUCAAGGUGUCUAAGAAACUACCGAUGGAACCGUUCACGUUAAAGCUUGACGACCCGGCUGGAAACUCGUUCAUUGAGUUUGUCGGUUCUAUGGCUGAUCCUAAAUGGAACUUGCGAACGUAUAGUCGUACGCGUCAGCAGAACAUUGAUCUUGGGCUCAUCGCUUCAGACGAACCGACCAAUGCAGCAGUGUCCGGAGAUGGUGCACCUCAGGCAAUGAAAGUGGCGAACAAGGAACAGGCGGAGGAAGCUCUUGGUGGUGGACUGGAAGGUCAAAAUGAGGAGAUCUUCACUUUCCCGGGCACUUGUUCGAGUUGUGGUGCGAAAUUGGAUACUUUGAUGAAGAAAGUGAACAUUCCGUAUUUCAAGGACAUCUUGAUUAUGUCUACAAACUGCGACCACUGCGGCUACCGAGACAACGAAGUGAAAUCGGGUUCUGCAAUUUCGGAUAAAGGAAAGCGGAUAACUUUGAAAGUGGAAGACCAAGAAGAUCUCAGUCGCGACAUUCUAAAGAGCGAAUCAUGUGGUUUAAAAAUCCCUGAAAUAGACCUCGUCUUACAAGCUGGUACCCUUGGUGGACGUUUUACGACUCUCGAAGGUCUCUUAGACCAAGUAUACGAGGAACUGUCGGAGAAAGUAUUUGCAUCGGGCGAUUCAGUAGUCACUGAUGAUAGGAAAACGUUCGAGAAGUUCCUCGCGGAUUUGAAAUCUAUCAAAGCCGCUGAACGACCGUUUACUGUCAUCCUAGAGGAUCCGUUGGCGAAUUCAUACGUGCAGAAUUUGUACGCGCCCGAUCCGGAUCCGAAUAUGACGAUAGAGAUGUUUGAUAGGACGUGGGAGCAGAAUGAAGAUCUUGGAUUGAAUGAUAUGAAAGUGGAGGGGUAUGAAGCUGACGCGAAGGUGGAUGGAGAGAAAGUGAAGAAGGGAUAGGACUGAGGCGGCUCAUAGAGUUUCUGUAUUAGUUUACGUAAUCG